AUGGCCGGCUGCCCCGUGACCAAUCGGCGCCUUUCAGAGGGGCCGUCCACACGCGACCCCGCUGCAAUUUUUCACCACAGCAAUGAACUCCACAAAACCCACAUUCCUCCGCAGGAGGGGCAGGUGAUUGAACCUUGUGUGACCUCUUUCUGUCCAGAAGGAGCAAGGGUUCCGCUCUGGGGUGUGGAAAGCCACCCCAAGUCCCGGAGAGGGAUCUUACGCAGGGCCGUGUUCUCCGAGGAGCAGAGGAAGGAGCUGGAGAGAACUUUUCGCCGACAAAAGUACAUCAGCAAAACGGACAGACACCGGCUUGCGGCUGACCUCUGCCUCAAGGAGACUCAGGUAAAAAUCUGGUUCCAGAAUCGUCGGAUGAAAUGGAGGAAUUCCAAAGAGAGGGAGAGUCUUUACGUGCGCUCCUCCAUGGAGGAGCUGCUGUUUAGGGGCACUGAGGAGACAGAGGAGGCCCUGCCAGAGCCAGAGAGGGAGGCUGGGCAGGGCGAGGAUUGCUGCAGCCCUCCCAAAUCUCCUGCACAUCAGCACCACCACCCCAGACAAGCAGCAGCAGACAAGCCCUCCUCCCCACUGCCCAGACAUCCCGACCAGCCGGCCCCCGCACAGAGCACUCACAGGGAGAGCAGAUGAGGGGACGCAGCCUGAUUUGACCUUUUCACUAAUAUUAACACAGUCUCUCUUUCUCUCACACCCCCACACAAACACACGCACGCACACACACACACACACACACACACACACACACACACACACACACACACAAACACAUGCACACACACACACACACACACAAGCAAAAGGACGCUGAGUCAGCUGACCAGGAGCCUAAACAUGAAUGAAAUACCAGGAACUGGAUGAGGACGCAUUUAUUCUCUUAUCUCUGAGUCACCAACUCUUUCAGUCUUUGUUGUAUUCAGUCAAUCAAAAUAGCUUUGAAAAAAAAAAUCACUUGUGUUAUGUAUUGCACUGUUACUGCUGCAGAAUGACAUUCUGUAGGGUAGUUAUUGGAGUUGAAUGAUUUAGUUCCAAAAGAUAUUGUGAUGCUAGUAUCAAUAAGUGGAGCUGAGGAAUAUGUAAUCCUGCCAUAUAACACGGUCACAAUCAUUCCUAACAUUAAGUAAAGUUAGGCAAGCAUCAACUGAUGUUAUACAUAAGUAAGCUAGUACAUACAUUUAUGUUACAUCUGUGCAUACAAUAACUAAACAAUACAAACAAAACAAACAGUGAAGAAAACACUGAAUGACUAAACACUGAACAAUAAGAAACUUUAUUUUAAAAGAACUGUACAUAUACUAUGAUACAGCCUUGAACUGCUAGUUAAAACUGCUAGAUAUUUCUGUGAAAAGGCUGUCCAUUAAAAUGUCUCAAUAUGUUUUUGCAAAUAAUAAAUAGAA